CUCUUUCCCUCAUCUCUUUUGUGUUAUCCUCACACAAUGUCUGUAACUUCUCCUCUCCUCUCUCAAUUCAAAUCCCUCACCAUUUCCACCCCUUUUCUCCAUGGCUCCUCUUCUCUUUCUCGUCUCUCCACACCCUCUUCCUCUAUCACUUCCCAAAAACCUUCUCCCCCUGCUUUCUUGCCUCCAAUUCGAGCCAUGAGAUCAAUGCAAGGCCGAGUCGUCUGCUCCACAAACGACAAAACAGUUUCUGUUGAAGUUACUCGUCUUGCUCCUCACCCAAAGUACAAACGUAGGGUUAGGAAGAAGAAGAAGUACCAAGCUCAUGACCCAUUGAACCAAUUUCAAGUUGGGGAUUAUGUUCAGCUUGAAAAGAGUAGGCCCAUUAGUAAGACCAAGACCUUCGUUGCUGUACCUGUACCUCCGAGGAACCAGCCCAAGGUUAAGGAGGAAGAGAAUCAGGAACUUGGGCUUCCGCUUGAAUCUCUGCAGACGAGUUAGAGUGAGAGCUUUCUUUUGGGCACUUUAUAAUCUUGUACUGUUCAGUUUCUUUUUGUUUGACUGUUGUGUUUUCAUGAUAAUCAUGUAUUUUAAUUGAGUGAUUUUUAGAUGAUAAUGAGUUUAUUA